GGAGAUGAGUUCUGAGUAGGUAGGUGAAGAGGCUCAGCGAGCACAGUAUUGAGAUGUCUGCACAAUGGUUGUGAGGUCAAAGGAAGGUUCUACAUUCAUGUAAGAAAAGUUAUCUGCUUGCUACAAUAGUCAGCCAGGUUUGGGAGCUCCUUCUGGGAUAUGAUCUAGUAAGCGGCCUGUUUUGCAAUGCUGAGGCAUUGCCCUUUCCCCCGUUUCUCGUCUGGUGCUCGGAGAAAGAUGCCAAAUGUUGCCUUUGGGAAAGAGAAAACUUCGUCCCACGUCCCGCUGGAGAACCAGCCACUCGACCGGGCAGACCCCAAGGACGUUGCCAAGGAACCCCCUCAGAAAGUACUCAAGAUAUUUAGCAUCAACAUCAUUGCUCAGAGUUUCUGUCGCAGGCGGAUGAAAAGAAAGUUGGACCAUGGCCCCGAGGUCCGAUCUUUCCCUUCAGGAAAAAAGCCCUGUAAAGGCCCUGAGUAUCCAAGCCCGACAGGAAUUGUCCCAUGUCCAGCCACACCCACCACAUUUGGCCACAUCAGAACAGCCAAUGGUCAGGGGCAGCAGAGACGGCGCAUCACCUCAAUCCAGCCACCCACGGGUCUCCAAGAAUGGCUCCGAACAUUUCAGAGCUGGACUGGCCCAGAGAAGCUGCUGGCGCUGGAUGAGUUGAUAGACAGCUGUGAGCCCACACAAGUCAAGCAUAUGAUGCAGGUGAUCGAGCCGCAGUUUCAGCGAGACUUUAUCUCCCUGCUGCCCAAAGAGCUGGCUUUGUAUGUGCUGUCAUUCCUGGAACCGAAGGACCUACUCCAAGCAGCCCAGACGUGUCGCUACUGGCGCAUCCUGGCAGAAGACAACCUGCUGUGGAGGGAGAAAUGCAGGGAAGAAGGCAUCGAUGAGCCUCUGCCCCUCAAGAAGAGGAAAAUCGUCAAGCCUGGCUUCACUCACAGCCCCUGGAAGAGUGCCUACAUCAGGCAGCACAGAAUAGACACCAACUGGAGGAGAGGGGACCUCAAAUCACCCAAGGUGUUGAAAGGUCAUGAUGACCAUGUGAUCACCUGCCUCCAGUUCUGUGGCAACCGCAUCGUCAGCGGCUCUGACGACAACACGCUAAAAGUCUGGUCGGCCAUCACAGGAAAGUGUCUGCGCACAUUGGUGGGCCACACAGGGGGCGUGUGGUCAUCCCAGAUGCGAGACAACAUCAUUAUCAGCGGCUCCACUGAUCGCACACUCAAGGUCUGGAACGCAGAGACAGGAGAAUGUAUCCACACCCUCUAUGGGCAUACCUCAACAGUGCGCUGCAUGCACCUACAUGAGAAAAGGGUGGUCAGUGGCUCUCGUGACGCCACGCUGCGCGUCUGGGACAUUGAGACAGGUCAGUGUUUACACGUCCUCAUGGGCCACGUGGCGGCGGUGCGCUGCGUCCAGUAUGACGGGCGACGGGUGGUCAGCGGUGCCUACGACUUCAUGGUCAAAGUGUGGGACCCCGAGACGGAGACCUGCCUCCACACGCUGCAGGGCCACACCAACAGAGUGUACUCAUUACAGUUUGAUGGGAUCCACGUGGUGAGCGGCUCAUUAGACACGUCUAUAAGGGUCUGGGACGUGGAGACGGGCAACUGCAUCCACACGCUAACAGGGCAUCAGUCCCUCACCAGCGGCAUGGAGCUCAAAGACAACAUCCUGGUCUCAGGCAACGCUGACUCCACUGUCAAGAUCUGGGACAUCAAGACGGGCCAGUGCCUGCAAACACUGCAAGGUCCCCACAAGCACCAGAGCGCCGUGACGUGCCUCCAGUUCAACAAGAACUUUGUCAUCACCAGCUCGGACGAUGGCACAGUUAAACUGUGGGAUCUGAAGACUGGCGAGUUCAUCCGAAACCUGGUGACUCUUGAGAGUGGUGGCAGCGGCGGUGUGGUGUGGCGCAUCCGGGCCUCCAACACCAAGCUGGUGUGUGCGGUGGGCAGCCGCAACGGCACAGAGGAGACUAAGCUGCUGGUGCUGGACUUUGACGUGGACAUGAAGUGAGGAGAUGUGGUGAGGAAGGACGAAGAGAGCGAACCGUGGAGAGGAAGGAAUAGAGAGGGACUGGGAGAGGAGGCACCUAGAAACCAGAGGGCCAAAGCCCAGAACUCUUCACCCAAACUCGCAAAAUCUACAACCACCACCACUGACAGUGGGCUGUCCUGUCCUCUACCAUUAUCUUCCCCAUCCCCCCUAUGGGAAAAUGUUACUGACAGAGCCACAGACCCUCUCACCUGUUCGGCCCCUGCUUUCGAGCCCCUACCACCAGUACGAGGUGGAGUCGGAGGGAAUCUGGCUGGAAACGGGGCGGCGGUGCACGACCGGUCUGUCCCGCAAUUGGCUGGGAGAAAGAAGAGAGGAAGAAAGGAACGACUGAUGACAACUGAACUCUUCUGAAGUGACUCAACCCUUUCCGUUUGGGGUCCGCUUCACACAGAGACUUGGUUUCGCUCAAGCCUGACAGAUUUUGAGAUGUACAGAGAUAUAUUAUUUUUUAAAGAUCCCCCC